AUGUAUUCACAAUGGCAGAAAGAUCCUACUAGUGUUCACAAGUCAUGGGAUAUAUGCUUCCAAGGUGUAGAGAAUGGAGCAAAACCUGGCCAGGUUUACAAUAGACCACCUACAUUAGAUCCAGAGUAUGUUGAUAGUAUCAUUAAGGAUACUUUAAAUGUUCAGUCCCUUAUAAGAGCUUAUCAGAUCCGGGGACACAGUAUUGCUAAACUUGAUCCCCUUGGUAUUUUGGAUGCUGAUUUAGACUCUGAAUACCCCAAGGAAUUAAAAAUGUCCACUUACAACCUGGAGAAAGAUUUAGAUAAAGAAUUUCAAAUACCUUCUAGUACAUAUAUUGGAGGUGGUGCAAAAAAAUUACCGUUACGGGAAAUAAUUAAAAGAUUACAGGAUGCCUACUGUGGUCAUAUUGGAGUAGAGUAUAUGUUUAUCAAUGAUCCACUAAAAGUAGAUUGGUUAAAACAACAGUUUGAAGAACCUGAUAAAAUAAAGUUUUCAGGAGCUGAAAAGAGAUAUUUACUAGAUCGUUUGAUUAGAUCAACUCAAUUUGAAAAAUUUUUGGCCAAGAAAUGGCCAUCGGAGAAGAGAUUUGGUUUAGAAGGUUGUGAGGUUUUGAUACCAGCUAUGAAAACUAUAAUAGAUUGUUGUAGUGAUGAUGGUGUGGAUUAUUUUGCUAUUGGAAUGCCUCACAGAGGCAGAUUAAAUGUACUAGCCAAUGUUUGUCGUAAACCACUGGAAAAGAUUCUUUGUCAGUUUGAUCCUGAUAUAGAAGCUGCUGAUGAGGGGUCUGGGGAUGUCAAGUAUCAUCUUGGUAUGUGUCAUGAACGUGUUAAUCGAGUUAACAAUAAGACCAUCAAGUUAGCAGUAGUAGCUAACCCAUCUCAUUUAGAAGCUGUGAAUUCUGUUGUUAUGGGAAAAGUGAGGUCUGAACAACAGAAGCGUGGUGAUAGAGAAGGCAAUACAGCUAUGUGUAUUUUACUACAUGGUGAUGCUGCAUUUUCGGGACAAGGCGUUGUAUAUGAAGAUAUGCAUAUGAGUGAAUUACCAGCUUAUACAAUUCAUGGUACAAUAAAUCUUGUAGUCAAUAACCAGAUUGGAUUUACAACAGAUCCCAGAGUGUCUAGAUCUUCACCUUAUUGUACUGAUGUAGCUAAAGUUGUCAACUGCCCUAUUAUCCAUGUCAAUGCUGAUGAUCCUGAGUGUGUUGUUUAUGCAUGUAUGGUAGCGUCUAAAUGGAGAAAGAAAUUUAAAACAGACAUUGUUAUUGAUUUGGUUUGUUAUAGAAGAAAUGGUCACAAUGAAAAUGAUAAUCCUAAAUUUACACAGCCUAUUAUGUACAACAGAAUAGAGAAAACACCUACUGUUUUAACGAAAUAUGCUGAAAAACUUAUUAAUGAUGGUACUAUUACUCAACAAGAAUAUGAGAAAGCCUUAGAUUCUUAUGAGAGAGUUCUAGAAGAAAGUCAUAAAUUAUCGAAGGCUGAAAUAGCCACUAGUCCUAAAGAUUGGAUAGACUCCCCAUGGGAUGAGUUUUUUGAGAAGAAAGGAGAUAAAGAUGUCUUACACUAUCCUAGUACUGGUAUAACAGAUGAUAAAUUAAAACAUAUUUUAACCCAUUGUAGUACACCACCAUCUGAUAUUCGUAUACACACAGGUGUCAAGAGAAUAUUAGCAGCUCGUCAAGAACUAGCUGAUAAGAGAAUGGUAGAUUGGGCUGGAGGUGAAUUCCUAGCGUUUGGUUCACUCUUGAUGGAAGGUAUUCAUGUUAGACUAAGUGGUCAGGAUGUUGAAAGAGGAACAUUCAGUCAUCGUCACCAUGUUUUACAUGAUCAAUUCAUUGAUAAAAAGUUCCGAGUACCAUUGACUACUUUAUCUAAAGAUCAAGCUAAAUACACUGUGUGUAACAGUUCUUUGUCUGAGUUUGGUAUUUUAGGUUUUGAGCUUGGAUUUUCCAUGAACGAUCCCAAUGGUUUAGUAUUAUGGGAAGCUCAGUUCGGAGAUUUUGCUAAUACUGCUCAAUGUAUGAUAGAUCAGUUUAUAUCUAGUGGACAGAAUAAAUGGGUUCGUCAAAAUGGUAUUGUUAUGUUGCUACCACAUGGCUAUGAAGGCAUGGGACCUGAGCAUUCCAGUGCCAGAUUGGAAAGAUAUUUACAGUCCUGUAGUGAUGAUGAAGAUGUAUUCCCAACUGAAGACAAUGAUCACUUUUUGAUAGAACAGUUACAUCAAAUAAACUGGUUUGUGUGUAAUUUUACAACACCAGCCAAUCUCUUUCAUGCUUUAAGACGUCAAAUCUUAUUACCAUUUAGAAAACCUUUGAUUAUUAUGUCACCUAAAAGUCUGUUAAGAUCACCAGAUGCAAGAUCACCAUUCGAUGAUUUCAUUGGUGAUUCCUACCUACAACGAGCUAUACCAGAAACUGGUGUAGCAGCAGAGAAUCCUGAUCAAGUAAAGAAGUUGAUAUUUUGUUCUGGUAAAAUAUAUUAUGAACUUCUCAGCCAGAGAAAGUCAAGAAGCCUAGAUGAAAGUAUUGCAAUUUGUAGAAUUGAGCAGAUAUCACCCUUUCCAUAUGAUUUGGUUAAAGAAGAGAUAUUGAAAUAUCCAAAUGCUCAGUUGUGCUGGACACAAGAAGAGCAUAAAAAUAUGGGAGCCUGGCAAUAUGUGAGACCAAGGAUGAGAACUGUUUUAAGGAAAAUUGAUAAAAUCGAAGAAGACAUUUCAUAUGCUGGUAGAGCAGUGAGUGCUUCCACAGCUGCUGGUUCCAAACAGAGACAUAAACAAGAACUGGCCAGUUUGUAUAAAAUGGCUAUGAUGCUGUAGAAAUAACAGUUUUUAUAAGCUUGAUAGAUUGUUUUACCUAAUACCUCAAUGAAAUUGUAAUCUUUGUUUAAAUCUGUGAAAUAUUCAAAUUUGUUUAUUUUAAUAACUUUAUUCAUUAUGGACUCUCAUAAGAGAGAGUGGCUUGAAUGUUUUUGAAGGGUGAGCAUGCCCUGCGUCUAUAACCCACAGCAGUACUCAAUAUAGUGAAGCUCCUGUUUACUAUGAACUGAUAUUGUUACUAUAAAAUUUGUAUAUUUAGAAUUAAUAACUGGUAACAAAGUUUAAAAAUAAUGAUCUUUACAAGGAGAGAAACUUAUGUAUUUUGACUGUUGGAAAAAUAGAUAGACAUAUGAUAUGUAUAAAGCUAUGCAUGUUUUCACUGCAUGAGUAUUAAAAUCUUUUGUGGUUGGUGAUAUUGACUUCUAUUUGUUGCUUUUGACAUUUUCGUUUACUCAUGACAAAUAGAUUAAGGUUUUUAGGGAAUGAAAAAUGAAGUGGUCUUAAGUAUUCUAUUUUAUGAUUGAUGUUGAUCCUCUAUUUUUGUAUCUGAUUGCGUUUGAGUCAAACCUACAAAGAGAAAAGAAAUAGGAAAAAAAAUUGAUAAAUAUUUUUGUAGAAGCAUCUCAAACAAUGAAUUAUUUUUAUUUUAGUAGAAUUGGUGGAGGACAACUUUUUAAAAUCAAUAAAUAAAGAUCUGCUUUUAACUUUUUCAAGUGUAUUUUUUUUUCUGCAACUAAUGCAUGGAUGGCACUAAGUUUAUUUGAGUAUACUUGCGCUUAAUGUCUGAAUACAGUUCCUAAAAGUGUCUAGUAGUGAUUUUGAAUUUUAGUACAAAAAUAUACUUACUUGCUAGUUUUUGUGCAUUUUGAGAAAUAUAAUUAGGAAAGAAACUAUAAUAGUUAUUAGCAUGUUCAAUGUGAUAAAAAUAAUCCAAAAUAUGAUGUGGUCCUUUUUCAUGCUAUGUAGUAUUGAACCUUAAUUGUUUUGAUUAAAUAAAAACAGAUUUU